CAAAUACAUGGACGCAUCCUAUAACGUAUUAUCACCUGCCCAACACUCGCCCUUUUUAAUGUCUUUUUGACUCUUUUCCACUUUGACGUUCUAUAAAAAAAAACACUCUUUCUUGAGCCCCUUGAACUUCUCAUCCUCCCAUGGCCAACCACACCAAAUUCCAUAAUGUUAAGCGAGAGCUAUUGGACCCCGAUCUCACUCCCCGCCGCUAUUCAGAUCCCGCUGCCGUAAUCGAACUGUCGAGCUCCGACUCUGACUCUUCGUCCUCCUCUGACGACGACAAUGGCGGAAAUUAUAAUGCGAAGAAGAAGAGGAAGAAGACUGCAGAGGACGUGUUGCCUGUAGGGUUUUUGGAUCCCUUGCCAUCAAAACAGGCGCCAUCGCCGCUGCUGCUGCCGCCGCCGCCGCCUUCUCCAAGGGGUGAGCGGUUGCGAUUGGAGUUUCCGCCGGCGAGAGCAGGAAUUGUUUCGGAGCCAAAUUCAAAGCAGUUCUGGAAGGCUGGAGACUACGAAGGGGCGCCUCCUGGGGAUUGGGAUUCUUCUAAUGCUGGCAUGGACCAUGUCAGAGUGCACCCCAAAUUUUUACAUUCUAAUGCGACGAGUCAUAAGUGGGUCCUUGGAGCUUUUGCAGAGCUCUUGGAUAACUCAUUGGACGAGGUCUGCAAUGGAGCUACAUAUGUGAACGUAGAUAUGGUAAAAAGCAAGAAAGAUGGGAGCAAAAUGUUGCUCAUUGAAGGUUCAAUUAUGCAUUAUUCAGUUGUUAUGUCUUCUGAUUAUCUUUUGCUUCUUUUGAUAAUGGUGGUGGAAUGGACCCGGAAAAAAUUCGUCACUGUAUGUCUCUUGGGUAUUCUGCUAAGAGCAAACAGAUCAAUACAAUUGGGCAGUGUAAGUUAUCCUAUCCCCACCNUAUGUUUUUCAGAUGGAAAUGGGUUUAAGACAAGCACCAUGAGGCUUGGCGCCGACGUUAUUGUUUUUUCUCGCUGCUCUGGGAAGGGUGGACUAAGGCCGACCCAAAGCAUUGGACUGCUUUCAUAUUCAUUCUUGAAAGACACGGGAAAACAGGACAUUGUAGUCCCCAUGCUUGAUUAUGAAAGACAAGGACAAGAUUGGAACAGGAUACUUCGAUCUUCUGCCACUGGCUGGGAUCGAAAUGUUGAGACGAUAGUUCAGUGGUCUCCAUUUUCAAGUGAAGCAGAUCUUCUUCGGCAGUGUACGUACUUGUAUACAUCGUUGGAGGAUGUGGAGGGGGAGAGCUUAGGUUUCCGCUUGCUUCUGAUGGGGAUUGGUUUUAAUCACAUGCAAGAUCAAGGUACUCGAAUAAUUAUAUACAAUCUUUGGGAGGACGAUCAGGGCCUGCUGGAACUGGAUUUUGAUACUGAUCCACAUGAUAUCCAAAUCAGAGGCGUCAACAGAGAUGAGAAGAGCAUAGAUAUGGCAAAGAAAUAUCCCAACUCCAAGCACUUUUUGACCUAUCGUCAUUCAUUGAGGGUAAUAGCUGCAGCUUAUGCUCUUGUGCAUUGGGUGUCAUUGAUUCCGCCUAAUUUUCGGAUUAUUCUGCGUGGUGAAGAUGUUGAGCAUCAUAAUGUUGUGAAUGAUAUGAUGAUGUCAAAGGAAGUUACAUACCGUCCUCAGCCAGGGGCUGAUGGGAUUCCAAAGGACUCAAAUAUGAUGGCCGUAGUUACUGUUGGGUUUGUAAAGGAUGCAAAGGCACAUAUUGAUGUCCAAGGGUUUAACGUCUAUCACAAAAACCGACUUAUCAAGCCAUUUUGGAGAGUUUGGACGCCCGCUGGUAGUGAUGGUCGUGGGGUUAUAGGUGUGCUUGAGGCCAACUUUGUUGAACCAGCACAUGAUAAGCAAGGUUUUGAGCGGACUACAGUUCUUGCAAGACUUGAGGCAAAAUUAGUGCAAAUGCAAAAGAAUUAUUGGUCCUCUAACUGUCACAAAAUUGGCUAUGCUCCUCGAAAUAAAAACGUUCAUGAAAGAGAUAUUUCACCUGAUUCUAAUCCUCAAAGUGGAAAGGGCAACAAUUACAAUCAUUCAAGUGGAAAGGGAGAUGUCAGAUCACAUAGGAAGCAACCAAGUCGGAUGGAGUUAUCUUCAUCUUCUGAAGAGGAUGUAUGCAACAAUGAUAGGCCAAAUCGAACUCUCAGAAGCAAGAUAAAUGGUUCAUCAUCCAAGAAUAUGUACGGAAAAGAGGGGUUGCAGAAGCCAUCAGGGUUGAGAUCUCAAACGACCAGGAGUUCGCACUCACAGGAGAAUGGUUAUAAUAACAAUGAAUUAUCACCAAGUUCUAGUUCCCAAUUAGCUCAGUUGAGAGAGGAGAAUCUCAAAUUGAGAGAAAGAUUGAAACGAAAAGAAGAAGAGAUACUUGGUGAUUUGCGGCUUGAUUUACUGAAAGAAAAAGAAAGAACCAAGACUCUCGAAGCUGAGCUGCAAGAAACAACACAAAAGUAUGAGGAGCUAAAAGCAGAGCAGGAGAGUUUAAUUGAUAUAUUUUCGGAAGAGAGACAGCGUCGUGACAACGAGGAAGAAAAUUUGAGAAUGAAAUUAAAGGAAGCCACAACUACCAUUCAGCAAUUACUGGACAGGAUAAAGUUGAUGGAUAAAAGUAAAUUUGGUUAAUUGGAGACCGUGAAGAUAUCCGUUUUUGAAGUACAUAAAGCUUGUGCAUAUGUGAUGUAGUAGGAGCUGCUCGCUGUAUUUUGCGGGCACCAAAAUCUCUCUCUCCCUAAUCCUAAUCCUAAUCCUUGUAGGCUAGUUAAUAGUCCAUCUUGAUUGUGUGACACAGGAUAGUAUUUGAAUUUGGGAGGGAGAUGAGUUUUCCACGUGCCUGUGUGCCUUUAAAAGAUGCUGUUUUCAAAUGCUGCUGUGUACUUCAAACAGAUUGCUUAGUAUUCUCUUUUCUUGUGAAUGUUGAGAGGUAAUUGCCUGACAAGAAGCGUGAAAUCCUAACUCCUCAAAUAUCAAACAUGCGGUCUUAGAAUGCCG